UGAACCUCAGGAAAAGCGACUUUGAGUUACAUAUUAGACUUACUUUGAGUUACAUAUUAGACUUAGUCUUAAACAUGGGGUAAUAUGCUUGAAAUUUUGUACUUUAGUUUGAUCUGUGUGUACAAAUAUACCAGUGAACCAUUUGGUUCUAGUCCAUGGGGAGAUUCGUUUAUGUAAUUUAGGUUGCAUCUGAAUGAUGUCGUCAUGAUAUCUUAUUCUACUUAACAAAGAAUACAAUAAAUAUUAAUAAAUAAAAUUCUCGAAGAAUGAUAGGUGUUAAUUCAACGAACAAUGCUUGGAAUAUCUGAAGACAAAGCUAGUAACUUUCUUCUUGAUAAAGCAUGGUAUUGUUCGAGAUGUAUGAUGUGUUAAGCCUUUAAAUAAGGGGCUGACAACGUGGGGAUUAUGGUAUUCUGUAGAAGAGUGCUGAAGAUUAAAGAGAAUACAAAUGUGAGUUUGUGCAUUGAGAGAGAUUGUAUAAAAAUUUGAGUAUGGCUUUGUAAAUUUCCUCUUUGUUAAUUGCAAAUGUUAGAGUGUUCACAUGGGUUGGUAUGUGCAGGUAAAACCUCAUUUAGUUUGACUUUGACUGCUAAUCCCAUCUUCUCACCAGUGAAAUGGUAUAAAGGAGAUGAAGGGAAAGACGUGUAGGGAUUUAGGUUAGAAUAGGUGAUAUAAAAUGGCGAUAACAGGCAUAGUGUGGGCUGAAUUGCAAUGUUUUUCCUCUUUUUUUAGUUUUUAUUUACAUUAAGUUCUGGAGUUUAAGAAGGGUUUGUGUUUGAGGGACUGAUCAGGCUAGCAUGCAAGUUAGACAUGAUAGAAGGGUUACCUUUUAGCGAAACGGUGCAGUUAGAUUUCCAAACAUGUUCUGCUGUCAAACUUCGUUUACACAUUUUUCCAUCUCUCUCGAUAAAGUUAUAGGUUGACACUUAUGUGGACAUGUGUUAGCACAUUAAUAUAAGCACACUAAUUCAUGCGUAGUUAUUCGAUGAUCUCAUUAUCUUGCAUGAUAAGCUAAGUUUCAUUCUUUCUAUCGCACAUGACUGCAGAUGGUGGAAUACUUUAAUAAAAAGGCUAAUAUCUCUGGACACAUUCCUCUUGGUAGUUUCAAUGCUGUGUUCAACUUUACUGGUUCUAAGCAUGUAGAUGCUGCUGCCACAAAGUCUCUUUGCAUGGAUGGAAUUUUCAUUCCACUAGCUAAGAUUCAAAUUAUCAAAUCUCCCAUGGUUUUGCAUGAAAAUGUUAGAAGAGCUGUCCCAACAUCAUGGGACCCUCCAGCCCUGGCCAGUUUCAUUGAAAAUUUUGGGACACAUGUUAUUAUGUCUGUAACUAUUGGCGGUAAAGAUGUAAUCUAUGUCAAGCAGCACCAAUCUUCACCUUUGUCCACAAUGGAAAUAAAAAAUUAUGUUCAAGAUAUUGGAAACCAAAGGUUCUCUACUGCGGAAGGCCUUACAAAUUCAGGUUUAUUGAAGUCCAAGGAUAAGGGCAGUGACCCUUCUUUGUUUAACAGCCAAGGGAUAUACCCACAACCUGCCAAUGCACCUUAUCUCUCUGGGAACGGCAAAGAAGUAUGUAGAACCUUUUUCUUUCUUAUUUCAUUCUUCUACCUUCUCCUAAUGAAGUGCAAUCUGAUUUUUCGGAUGAUAACUUGGUGGAAGUAGCAUCAGAUAUGGAGAAAUUAUCAAAACGAGAAGAAGAAUAUAGCCAAUAAAUUUAGGAUCUGCACAUUAAUCUUUUUCACCUUGUCAUUCCGUCAAGCUAAGAAAUUAUGUCAAAAAAAAAAAAAA